UUAUGUAUUUAUACAUAUGUAUCCACAUAUAUAUUAAAUAUUUACCUCUUGGAGUGAGAUCUGCUACAUGUAACUAGCUCCUGAAACCUUGUGUAAAUGACAAGGUUGCUUUGUUACACCACAGUUACGGGACAUGGCACUGACUGGCUGCGCACCUGCUCUGGGCAGAGAGGAGCAGAAAUGGCCUGGUGGCUGUGUGCAGCUCGACGGGCCGGGUAGAAGGCGUUCUUUGGCCCUGCUGCCUUCGUGAGGGGAAAACCAGCCUGGUUUGGAGAGUCUUUGCUGCGCAAACCAUGCAGGAUGAUUUACUGAUGGACAAAAGCAAAGCCCAGCCCCAGCAGCAGCGGCAGCAGCAGCAGCAGCAAGAUCCAAACUCAGCAGAAGCCCCCUCUACGCCCAUCUCGUCGGAGACGCCCAAGCCAGAAGACAACAGUUCAGUGACUAGUAUCGGCACAUCAGCUCCUUCCCAAAAUAGCAAGGAGAAGAUGCAGAUGGAGUCUCCCAUUUUGCCUGGCUUGAGCUUUCACCAGCCUCAACAAGAACCUGCAGCCGGCACCUCCUUGUCUCCCUCCUUCAGCAGCACCUGGUCUACGGGGACCACAAACACGGUGGAUGAUAGCUUUUUCCAAGGGAUUACUCCAGUCAAUGGGACAAUGCUUUUCCAGAAUUUUCCACACCAUGUCAACCCUGUAUUUGGUGGCACUUUCUCGCCUCAGAUUGGCCUAGCUCAGACUCAACACCACCAACAUCAGCAGCAGCAGCAGCAAGCUCAGCAGCAGCAGCAGCAGCAACAGCGGAGGUCACCUGUGAGUCCUAAUCAGGCACCUUUUGCCCAGAGAAAUGCUGCUUACAGUCAUCAGCCCAUCAUGACCAGCAAACCGUCUUCCUCCUCUGCCUCCUCAUCUUCCUCCUCCAGCUGGAAUAACCAUCAAAAUGCAGCUUGGAGUACACCUUCCAACCCUUGGGGUGGGCUGCAGGCUGGUAGGGACCCUCGAAGGGCAGUUGGAGUGGGGGUCGGCGUGGGAGUGGGGGUCGGCGUACCCUCCCCCCUCAAUCCCAUUUCACCCCUUAAAAAGCCGUUCUCCAGCAAUGUCAUUGCCCCUCCGAAGUUCCCACGGGCUGCACCCUUAACCCCCAAAUCCUGGAUGGAAGACAACGCGUUCAGGACGGACAAUGGCAACAAUCUGUUGCCUUUUCAGGACCGGAAUAGGCCCUAUGACACUUUUAACUUGCACUCUUUGGAAAAUUCCUUAAUGGAUAUGAUAAGGACUGAUCAUGAGCCUCUGAAAGGUAAACACUACCCUCCCAGUGGCCCACCAAUGAGUUUCGCUGAUAUAAUGUGGAGGAAUCAUUUUACAGGGCGUAUGGGAAUAAACUUCCAUCAUCCAGGAACAGAUAAUAUUAUGGCUCUUAAUACCAGGAGCUAUGGGCGGAGAAGAGGUCGGUCUUCACUCUUUCCUUUUGAAGAUGGCUUCCUAGACGACAGUCACGGUGAUCAGUCUUUAUCAUCGGGUCUCAGCUCUCCAACACGCUGUCAGAAUGGUGAAAGAGUGGAACGCUAUUCUAGAAAGGUGUUUGUUGGAGGUCUUCCUCCUGACAUUGAUGAAGAUGAGAUCACUGCCAGCUUUCGUAGGUUUGGACCUCUUGUGGUGGACUGGCCUCACAAAGCUGAAAGCAAGUCAUAUUUUCCACCUAAAGGUUAUGCCUUUCUGCUGUUCCAGGAAGAAAGCUCUGUACAAGCUCUCAUAGAUGCCUGUCUGGAAGAAGAUGGGAAACUUUACCUGUGUGUGUCAAGUCCCACAAUCAAGGAUAAACCAGUGCAAAUUCGACCUUGGAACCUAAGUGACAGUGAUUUUGUGAUGGACGGAUCUCAGCCUUUGGACCCAAGAAAAACUAUCUUCGUUGGAGGAGUUCCACGGCCCCUCCGAGCUGUUGAAUUGGCAAUGAUUAUGGACCGUUUAUAUGGAGGUGUCUGCUAUGCUGGCAUUGAUACAGACCCAGAGUUGAAGUAUCCAAAAGGUGCUGGCAGAGUGGCUUUCUCUAAUCAGCAGAGCUAUAUUGCUGCUAUCAGUGCUCGCUUUGUCCAGCUCCAACAUAACGACAUUGAUAAACGGGUGGAAGUGAAGCCAUAUGUGCUGGAUGAUCAGAUGUGUGAUGAAUGCCAGGGCACUCGUUGUGGUGGAAAAUUUGCUCCAUUCUUUUGUGCCAACGUUACCUGUUUGCAGUAUUACUGUGAAUACUGCUGGGCAAGCAUACACUCUCGUGCUGGGCGAGAGUUCCACAAACCACUGGUAAAGGAGGGAGGUGACCGGCCCCGCCACGUCCCGUUCCGCUGGAGCUGAACCCCAGGCCUCCCCCAGCAACAAGUACUGGAGUAGAUAAAAUCGAGGGAAAAAGAGAGCGCUGCCUCAGGGCUUAGUGUUCUGGAAAUCUGUGCAUUCGUCCUCGACUUUAAUGAAGAUAUGGGUCUUUUUAUUACUAUUAUUAUUAUUUACAGUCACAUUACUGAACUCAGUGUCCAGUAUAAUACAGACCGGCAGAGUGUAACUGUACUGAUUUUGCACUUUGAUUCACACAAACAUCUGCUUGGUACCUUAAUUUCCUACACAAGACUUGUCACUAGUGACAUUAUGUAGACUGCCAUUCUCAUCAACCUUCACUGGUUGAUGUGUAUGUGAUGAAGAUUUUUUUUUUUAUUAUAAUUAUUUUUAUUUUUAAACUGGAGCAUGCACUUAUUUUCAGAAAUUUAGACUUGCCCCUAGCAGAUGACUUACCAAAGGUAAUAUUCACAAGUAGGUGGCAGAUGUAGCAAAAACUUAAACAGAUAUUCAGCAAUCAUUAGUUUGGGUCAUUUAGAGUAGUAAUAACCCUUAAAGAAAAUAAGCCUUUAGUUGCUCUCCAUUUUUGACUUGUAAGGAUGAUACCUCAUAAGCUGGAUCAGACAUUUUCUUUUGUUUUGCUGAGGGUUUUUUCUUUUUUUUUUUUUUGGUUAGGUCUUUUAGUGUUAUGUAAAUGUAUGCUGCAAUAGCUUUUGCUGCUAUUAAAAUGGUAUUACUAAUACCAUAAUACUCUAUUCAGGCUAGGGUAUCAAUUAAAAAAUGAAUAUGUGAUUAAAAUAGUGAUGGCUGCUGAAAGAAGAUCAGUAUAGCAUACAGAAAAGCUUCCAAGGAAGGUCAAUAUUUUUUGACUGCAUGUUUACUUAAUCAGGUUGCUGCAUGCAAUAAAUUUUAUAUAUGUCUAAUAUAAAACCUGCCCACAAUGCACAAAUUAUGAAGAAUCUACGUAGGCUACAAAACAUUCAGUAACAAAAAAAAAAUUGAUUACUGACUGGAGGAAGGCAUGCCUCAGUAAAUGUAAUGCUUCUGAAAUUAGGAUCAGCCCAUUACAGAAUGACCUAUAUUA